GCUACAGUGUAUUUAUCCAUAAUGUUAUUAAACUUAUCUAUCAUGUGUUACAUUUUCUAACGUGUAAACCGGAACAUGAAGUGAUAGCAUUUAUAUUACAACAUGCAAUAAAGCAUUAUGAUGCCGGUUUUUGCGAGCACAGAGAUGACAAUGUUCCUAUUCGACCGGGUAGGUAUGAACGUCUCUUUUCCCCCAGGUCUCUAGCUUUGCUUUAUCAAAUCAGUUAUGAGUGUCGUAAACAAAAAUCAUGCCGGCAUUCAUUAUGUGAAUCCUUUAAUUUUUAAAGCAAUAAAUGUAAAUGAGUUACCGCUCUUAUAUAAAGGCAUGAGAAACCGUGUGCCUCGGUAUAGUCGAAACUAAGCGUUCAACGCUGUAUGUAGUGUGUGAGAUGGAGAAUUUUGUGUUACUUCUAAUUGUGUUUACAGCUAUGACGGCCGGUCAAACCACAGACAAACCGAUUUUUCCAGUAGAAGCUUGCGGUAAUAGGACGGCCUGCACAUCUGCAACAUAUAUGGAACAGUCGCAUGAGUUCUGUAAAGAUUAUGGUGGAAGAGUAACAGUUCCUUCGAAGCUGUGUUUGAAUGGUGUGAUUUUGUGUGACAAUUAUAGCAGAGCAGGAGCAUGCUUCUAUCCUCCAAGUAACCUGCUGUCCAACUGUGAGAUUGCGAUAGAGAACUGUUUCUCCUAUAUGAGUAGUACUUCGACGCCGAAGACAACCAUUUCGGAUUAUGAAGUAACCACUAGCGAAAGCCUCGAAGAAUCAAUCUUCCCUGUCGAAGUUUGCGGUAAUAGGACGGCCUGCACAUCUUCAAGAUAUAUGGAACAGUCGCAUGAAUUCUGUAAAGAUUAUGGUGGUAGAGUAGCAGUUCCUUCGAAGCAGUGUUUGAAUGGUGUGAUUUUGUGUGACAAUUAUAGCAGAGCAGGAGCAUGCUUCUAUCCUCCAAGUAACCUGCUGUCCAACUGUGAGAUUGCGAUAGAGAACUGUUUCUCGUAUAUGAGUAGUACUUCGACGCCGAAGACAACCACUACGGAUUAUGAAGUAACCACUAGCGAAAGCCUAGAAGAAUCAAUCUUCCCUGUUGAAGCUUGCGGUAAUAGGACGGCUUGCACAUCUUCAAGAUAUAUGGAACAGUCGCAUGAAUUCUGUAAAGAUUAUGGUGGUAGAGUAACAGUUCCUUCGAAGCUGUGUUUGAAUGGUGUGAUUUUGUGUGACAAUUAUAGCAGAGCAGGAGCAUGCUUCUAUCCUCCAAGUAACCUGCUGUCCAACUGUGAGAUUGCGAUAGAGAACUGUUUCUCGUAUAUGAGUAGUACUUCGACGCCGAAGACAACCACUACGGAUUAUGAAGUAACCACUAGCGAAAGCCUAGAAGAAUCAAUCUUCCCUGUUGAAGCUUGCGGUAAUAGGACGGCUUGCACAUCUUCAAGAUAUAUGGAACAGUCGCAUGAAUUCUGUAAAGAUUAUGGUGGUAGAGUAACAGUUCCUUCGAAGCUGUGUUUGAAUGGUGUGAUUUUGUGUGACAAUUAUAGCAGAGCAGGAGCAUGCUUUUAUCCUCCAAGUAACCUGCUGUCCAACUGUGAGAUUGCGAUAGAGAACUGCUUCUCGUAUAUGAGGAGUACUUCGACGCCGAGGACAACCAUUUCGGAUUAUGAAGUAACCACUAGCGAAAGUCUAGAAGAAAGUAUCUUCCCUGUUGAAGCUUGCGGUAAUAGGACGGCCUGCACAUCUGCAACAUAUAUGGAACAGUCGCAUGAAUUCUGUAAAGAUUAUGGUGGUAGAGUAGCAGUUCCUUCGAAGCUGUGUUUGAAUGGUGUGAUUUUGUGUGACAAUUAUAGCAGAGCAGGAGCAUGCUUCUAUCCUCCAAGUAACCUGCUGUCCAACUGUGAGAUUGCGAUAGAGAACUGUUUCUCGUAUAUGAGUAGUACUUCGACGCCUAGUAUAACCACUACGGAUUAUGAGGUAGCCACUACCGAAAGCCUAGAAGAAAAUAUCUUCCCUCUCGAAGCUUGCGAUAAUAGGACGGCUUGUUUGCAUAUACCAUUAGAAGAAAUAAAAGGAUUCUGUAAAGAUUACGCAGGAGAGGUGGCAGUUCGUUCUAAAUUAUGUGUAAAUGCUAUGAUUUUGUGCAAAAAUCACAGAUUUGCUCAAGGAUGCUUAUUCCCAUCCGACAUACUGGCGACAUUUGGUUGUGAUAUAGCAGUUGAACGCUGUUACCCAAAAUAUACUACUACGGGGCCAGAGGCAACAACCACUGCAAUUGUGACAACUACUACUACUACUACUACUGAAAAGACUACUAUCGCACAAUCAAUAUCAGAAGGUCCCAAAGCCGGUGAACCGUGUAUGUAUGCUGGAAAACGAACUGCAAUGGUUGACAGCUGUGUCACAUAUCUGGAGUGCUCGGGUGAAUAUUACAACGAACGUUCCUGCAGCAACGGUUACAUCUUCUAUCAGCCUUUCGGCUUCUGUUUACCAGGCGAUGUGAAACAAUGCCAGCUUUAUACAUCGUAAAUGAAAAGAUGUAUAUAAUUGUUUCCCACAGAUUGGAAGAAUUUAUACAUCUCAGCCUGUCUCAAAGUAUCUAUAUAAUAUAAACACAUCGUCAAUGAGCCGCGCAAGGGCUUUUUAUUUAUCAAGUACCUAGUAUAUUUGUCCUGGUGAUGGUAUAUAAAAAAUGGGUAAAAUCAUGAGAAUAUAUAGUAUUUGUAGUUAUAGUUAAUGCAUAAUCGUCCGCACUUUUAUCUUUAUUAUUUUUUUAUUAUUUUUGAAGGAUAAUAUCACUAUACAAAAGGCCGCGAACACUCUCGAUAAGGAGCCCAUUCAUGGUUCGGAGAAGAAAUUGUCUUUCAACUAGUGUUGGGUCAGGUAGCUCUUUUGCAAGAGCGAAGCGCACCGCUCUCGCUCUCUAAAGUGU